AAAAAUCUAAGCCUCACCCACCUCAGGCCAGCCUGUCUUCCCCUGAAUAAUUUUUUGUCACCUUCAUUCAUUCUUCAAAAUUCAAUCUAAAUUUAAAGUUCUAAACUUGUAACUUCUAACCCAUCUUUCUAUCUCUCUUCCUAAUAAAUUCCCUGAAUUUUUUGAAUCUGAAUUCUGAUGGGAGCCAAUGCAUCUGCAUGUCUUCAAUCCUACCCUGAAUCAUCAUCAUCAUCAUCAAUCAAAUCAAAACCAAGAUUAGAAGACAUACCUGAAAACUGCAUAGCCCUAGUUCUAACCCAUUUAACCCCGCCGGAGAUCUGCAAACUUGCCCAACUCAAUCGAGCCUUCCGAGCCGCUGCUUCUUCCGAUUUCAUUUGGGAUUCUAAAUUACCUUCUAAUUACCGUUACAUCCUAGAAAAACUCUCCAACAACAAAGAUUUAUCAUGUUUGGGGAAGAAGGGAUUGUACGGUAACCUAUGUCACCACAACCCUUUUGACGGCGGCACCAGGGAGAUUUGGGUGGAUAAAAAGACGGGUGGGGUUUGUCUGUUGAUUUCUUCAAGGGCUUUAACGAUCACCGGAAUUGAUGAUCGGAGAUAUUGGACUCAUCUUCCGACUGAAGAGUCUAGAUUCCAAACAAUUGCCUAUCUUCAACAAACAUGGUGGUUGGAAGUUGUUGGCGACAUAGACUUCCAACUCCCUUCAGGGUGCUACAGCUUGUUUUUCCGGCUCCAACUUGGAAGGGCAUCCAAGAGGCUUGGACGACGUGUUUGUAAUCUUGAUCAUAUCCACGGUUGGAACAUAAAGCCAGUACAAUUUCAUCUCACAACUUCAGAUGGUCAGCACGUCACGUCGAAAUGUUUCUUGAAUAAUCCCGGAAAUUGGAUGCAUUACCAUGUGGGUGAUUUUUUAGUUGUGGAGAGUCAUCAAUCGAUGAGGAUCAAGUUUUCUUUGACUCAGAUCGACUGCACUCACACCAAAGGAGGGGUGUGUAUAGACUCGGUUUUGAUAUGUCCGGUUAGCUUAGGUAAAGAAUUGAGAGUUUUAUUGUAGAUAUUAUGGCCAUGUCAUGUGGAUUUGGAUAUUGAUGGUUCAAUAUGUGUGUAUGGUGUUUGGAAGAUUCAAUUGUGUGACUUGAACAUUUUGUGGAUAUUUUAUUCUAUAGUUUUUCUUUUGAAUUUUCAAUAAUAAAUGGAGUCAAGUUUUUA